AUGCCCUGGCCACAGCCUUGCCCUGGGCUCCAAGGGCCCCCGAAGGGGCAGCCUCUCCUCCUGCCCCCGGGACCCUCCUGCUUCCUCUUCCUCCUCUUUGCAGCAGCGUCGCAGUCUCUGCCUGGCAGCUCCUCACCAGCCCCCGACUCGCUGGCCUUUGUCUCCACUUUGGAUGGGAGCCUCCACGCCAUCAGCCGGAAGAGCGGAGAGAUCCAAUGGACCCUGGAGGAAGAACCAGCUCUGCAGGCUCCCAUUUACGGAGAAGCCCAGCCAGCCUUCCUGCCGGACCCCAAGGACGGCAGCCUCUACGUUGUGGGGGGCAAGAACAAGGGGGGCCUGAUGAAGUUGCCCUUCACCAUCCCAGAGCUGGUACAGUCCUCUCCCUGCCGCAGCUCCGACGGCAUCAUCUACACAGGGAAGAAGGAGGACACCUGGUUUGUGGUGGAUCCGACCUCGGGGCAGAAGCAGACCACGCUGUCGACCGAAGCCUGGGGAGGGCGCCUGGGCCCAAGCACCCCACUGCUCUACAUCGGACGCAGCCAGUAUGUCCUCACCAUGUAUGACACCAAGUCCCAGGCCCUGUACUGGAACGCUACUUUCCUGGACUAUUCGGCUCCCCUCCAGGACCAGAGCUACGAUGAGGAUUACCCCAUGGCCCACCUGGCCUCCAGUGGGGAGGGUCUGCUGGUGACAGUGGGCAAGGCGAGCGGAGAGGUGCUGUGGAUGCAGGACUAUGGCUCCCCCGUGGUGGGGGUCUACACCUGGUACCAGGACAGCCUCCGCCGGAUCCCCCACCUCAAUGUCGCCAGCGAGAGCCUGCGCUACCUCAUCCUGCGCUCCCACAAUAUCCACCUCCUCCAUUGGCACUACCACUCCACCAAGGACUUCACUGCCAAGACCCGGUUGCUGCCAACACUCUACGUGGGAAAAUCCUCUAUGGGCUUCUAUGCUUUGACCUCCCUGGUCCAUGAGGGUGUAACUCUUGUGCCCCAAGGGGUCACUUUGGCACGGAUGGAUGGACCCACCACCCAAGACGUGACGCUGCAGAAGUCUGGCGAGUGUGAAAUCACGCCCAGCACGGAGGUCAAGUACCCGCAGGGCAGCAUCCCUGUUCCCCACAGCCAGUGGGUCCUGAUAGGACACCAUGAGCUGCCCCCUGUGGUCCACACCACCAUGUUGAGGGCCUUUCCGCAGCCCCUGCGCAGGAGCACCGAGACAGCUGCGCCUGCCAACUCCCUCUUUGAUGAUCUCCUGCCCCCUCGCAGCGGCCUGGAGGAACCUGCCAGGAAUGGCGGUCAGUACCGUGAACAUCUCUCCCCGGAGACGGAGCAGACGGAAGUCCACCAGGAGUUUGGCAGCUGGGAGCCGGUGGCAGCUGGCGUUGUGGCUGUGCUUUGGGGCGGGGGGCUCCUCUUCUUUGUGCUCUGGGUGGGUGACCUUUGUGGCCCUUCGCUGGCGUCUUUUGAGGGCCGCUGCUGUGGGGAGGCCUGGUGCUCCCAGAGAAAAACCACCCUGCAUCCCCCUUCUGCUCCAUGGGGACGGGGGUCCUCCAAAUCACGUCUUUUGAAAAGGGGCUUCAUUAGGCCAAGUAAUGUCUUUUGGAAGGGGAGCCACUCCUCACGCUUUGCUGGGCCAGGGGAAGAUGGCAGAAAGCUCUCUGAUGAAGCUGAGGACCACUCCUCCUCACUCUUCUCUUUCCUCCUUCCCCCCCAACUCCAAAAAUUGCAGCAGCAGAACCGGAAGCAGCAGCAACAGCUGGAGCAACAGCUGGAGGAGAGGCUGCAGCUCUUCCAGCAACAAGGAAUGGCAUGGUCCCCUCCUGGCCGCCACUCUGGAGACCCCCUGCCUUCAGCAACUCCGGGGAGUCCCCCCAAGUUGGCAGAUCUGGGACCCUCCUCUUCCUCUGAAAUGGCCAACAGGGGUUUGGGUCAGAGUCCUCCCAGGGGAAGCAUUGGUCCAGGAGCUGACCCAGAGGUCAUGGUGGUGGGCAAGAUCUCUUUCAGCCCCAGAGAAGUCCUGGGUCAUGGGACAGGAGGCACUUUUGUGUUCAGGGGCCACUUUGAUGGACGGACGGUGGCGGUCAAGCGCCUGCUGCCCGAGUGUGUCCACCUUGUGGACCGAGAGGUGCAGCUGCUGCGGGAGUCGGACGAACACCCGAACGUGGUCCGCUAUUUCUGCACGGAGGCCGACCAGCAAUUCCGCUACAUCGCCAUCGAACUCUGCUCCGCCACUUUGCAGCAGUAUGUGGAGACCCCAGACUUCACCCGGCGGCAGCACCUGGAUCCGGUCACUGCACUUUACCAGACCAUGUCUGGCCUGGCUCACUUGCAUUCCCUCCGCAUCGUCCACCGUGAUCUGAAGCCCUGCAACAUCCUAAUCUCGGCCCCCAACAGCCGUGGCCAGAUCCGUGCGGUCAUCUCGGACUUCGGCCUCUGCAAGAAGCUGCAGGGGGAACGCCGGAGCUUCAGCCUCCGCUCCGGCAUUCCUGGCACGGAGGGAUGGAUUGCACCAGAGGUGCUGAGAGAGGACCCCACAGAGAACCCCACAUGCGCAGUGGACAUCUUCUCCGCCGGCUGUGUCUUUUACUAUGUUGUGUCCAGUGGGCAGCAUCCCUUUGGCGAAAGCUUCCGACGCCAGGCCAACAUCCUUGCUGGGACCUACAAGCUGGAGUGGUUGCAGCAGGAGACCAACGACAACAUUGUUGGACGGGAGUUGAUAGAAGCCAUGAUCAGUGGGGACCCCCACUUGCGCCCCUCGGCCGCACAGGUCCUCAUGCACCCCUUCUUCUGGAACCAUGAGAAGCAGCUGCAGUUCUUCCAGGACGUCAGCGACCGCAUUGAGAAAGAGCCAGCGGAGGGUCCCAUCAUCAGUGCCCUGGAGGCUGGGAGCCAUGCUGUGGUGAGGGGCAACUGGCGGGCCCACAUCUCCAUCCCACUGCAGACAGACCUCCGUAGGUUCCGGACGUACAAAGGCAGCUCCAUGCGUGACCUCCUUCGGGCCAUGAGGAACAAGAAACAUCACUACCAUGAGCUGCCUGCAAAUGUGCAAGAGACCCUGGGACAAGUCCCGCACGAAUUUGUCCAGUAUUUCACAAGCCGCUUCCCGCGCUUGCUACUGCACACUCAUCAGGCCUUGCGCAUGUGUGCCAAGGAAGGGCCACUGCGGAGGUAUUACUGCCAGACGCCAUGAGGAUCUUGGACCGAGAAGGGGUCACUGGGCUGAGACAAAGUAGCCGGACUCUCAGAGGGAGCAGGAAGGCUAGGAAGAGCAUUUGUAUGGACUCCUUUGGUGUGUGGUGGCUGCUUCCCUCAACACAAACACACCCUGCCAGGUCAGGCCGAUUGUGAACGAUUCUUCUGGGACAAAAUUCUGCUCCUGGUGGUAUGUGGACUUUCUCUGGAAGCCAAAAUGAUUAAACUGAGGACAUAUCACAAGUGGACAUAAUACACUGGAAAAGGUAUCUUGGGAAAGUGGAUGGCCCGGGCCACAGGUGGAUCAAUUCCAUCAGGGAAGCUACAGAUAUUGCCCUGGAUUUGCAAGGCUUGGGCAGAGCAAUUUCAAACAGGAUUUCUUGUGCUGAGAAGGCAGCAGGAAAAGAGGAAGACCAUCUUGCACUUGCAAGACCUGAGCAGGGCUGUUAAAAACAAGGCCUCUCUCAUUUGUACUGUUGCCAUCAAUCAAAGUUAACCUGGCGAUAGGUGAUACACAGGGGAGAGCACAGAGCAGGGCUUAUUCGUUUCACCUGAGCAAACUGUGUGUCAUUCCUGGAAGGAGAACUUGCAUUGCCUUCCCUUCACAUCCAAUCCCAGAGAGACUGCGCUGGCCACAGGUGUCACGCCUUGGGCAAACAUGGGCUGAGUCUGCCCUAAAGACCUGUGCCUUUCCCACAGGUAUGUAUGCAUGCCCCAUGGAACAGGGGCACUGCAGCCUUCUGCUGUGCAUGAGACUCACAUCCCUCAAUCGAGGGGCUCUGCUCAAACCCACCCUGUAAAACUCAGCCCCUUGGACCCAUGGACUGACCGGCCUUAAGGCUUCUCUGCGCAUGUGCAAGAGAGCUACCUCCACCUGCCCCGCUGAGCAGAACAAAGGCAAUGCCUUCUUCCUAAACAAAUGACAAAUACCUGGCAGCUUAUGUGCAAACAGGGAGUUGAUCUUGCUGGGCCAUGAUUCAGAAGGUUUGGGUGCUGCUUCUUUUAUAGUACGUACUGUAAAUAAAGAACCUUUUUUUUAAAAAAGAAAAGUAUAUGGAUCUGUAAGAGAAGGGAAAUAGUUAU